GCAACAGAUCCGGGCGACGCGAGCUGACCUCGUCUGCUGCUGCCCUAUUUCGUUCUCUCUUUCUUUAUUUUGGAGUUUCAGGAAAAAAAAUUAUAUUUGGAAAAAAAAAUAUAUAUAUUUUUCUUAAAUGGCGCUGGCCCCGGGUCAGCGGGCGGUUUUCUCUGCACCAAGAUGGGCUUUGCCGUUUCCGUCGUGGGCACCCGUGGUGGCUUGAUUGUCAGUCUUCUUCGGACAUUUUUGAGGCCAGGAGCCGAGCACUGCACGUAGGCGACUCGCCCUCCAGAGCGGCUGGGCGUCUCGGAUUGGGACUUGGGAGGCAGAGUGCAGUAAAUUGCGAGCACCGCGUGCUCUCUGCAAAACCGGCGGCGAGCCGGAGGUAGGUCGCUCCCAGGGUGAAACCGCUCCCGGGCUGAGCGAGCCCGGCCCCGUGCGCAGUGCAGCCACCCCGAGAGCGUGUCCUGUCCCCGCCGCGCCGGGAAAAUGGAGGCUGUGAUCGAGAAGGAAUGCAGCGCGCUUGGAGGCCUCUUCCAGACCAUCAUCAGCGACAUGAAGGGGAGCUAUCCAGUUUGGGAAGACUUCAUAAACAAAGCUGGAAAGCUGCAGUCCCAGCUGCGGACAACAGUAGUAGCAGCAGCUGCCUUCUUGGACGCCUUUCAGAAAGUGGCUGACAUGGCCACCAACACACGUGGUGGUACCCGGGAGAUCGGCUCAGCGCUCACCAGAAUGUGCAUGCGGCACAGGAGCAUCGAGGCCAAACUGAGGCAGUUCUCCAGUGCUUUGAUUGAUUGCCUGAUAAACCCACUGCAAGAACAAAUGGAGGAAUGGAAGAAAGUGGCCAACCAGCUGGACAAGGACCACGCAAAAGAAUAUAAGAAAGCUCGCCAAGAGAUAAAAAAGAAGUCCUCUGACACGUUGAAACUGCAGAAGAAGGCAAAAAAAGGGAGGGGUGACAUCCAGCCUCAGCUGGACAGCGCUCUCCAGGAUGUCAACGAUAAAUAUCUCCUACUGGAAGAAACAGAAAAGCAGGCUGUGCGCAAAGCACUCAUUGAAGAGCGCGGCCGGUUCUGCACCUUCAUCUCUAUGCUGCGGCCAGUGAUUGAGGAAGAGAUUUCCAUGUUAGGAGAGAUUACCCACCUUCAGACCAUAUCGGAGGAUCUGAAGAACCUGACCAUGGACCCUCACAAACUGCCCUCCUCAAGUGAACAGGUGAUUUUGGACUUGAAAGGUUCCGACUACAGUUGGUCGUAUCAGACGCCACCUUCUUCUCCUAGCACAACCAUGUCGAGAAAGUCAAGUGUCUGCAGCAGUCUGAACAGCGUCAACAGCAGCGACUCCCGGUCUAGCGGCUCCCACUCCCAUUCCCCCAGCUCACAUUACCGCUACCGAAGCUCCAACCUGGCCCAGCAGGCCCCCGUGAGGCUGUCCAGCGUGUCCUCCCACGACUCAGGAUUCAUAUCCCAGGACGCCUUCCAGUCCAAGUCACCCUCUCCCAUGCCACCUGAGGCUGCCAACCAGUUGUCUAAUGGGUUUUCUCACUAUAGUUUAUCAAGUGAGUCCCAUGCAGGGCCUGUGGGUGCAGGCCCUUUCCCUCAUUGCCUGCCUGCCUCCCGCCUGCUCCCUCGGGUCACCUCUGUCCACCUUCCUGACUACGCUCAUUAUUACACCAUUGGGCCCGGCAUGUUCCCGUCAUCUCAGAUCCCUAGCUGGAAGGACUGGGCAAAGCCAGGACCCUAUGACCAGCCACUGGUGAACACCCUCCAGCGCCGCAAAGAGAAGCGUGAGUCAGACUCCAAUGGGGGAGGACCCACUACUACAGGAGGACCACCUGCAGUUGCUGAAGAGGCACAGAGACCGAGGAGCAUGACUGUGUCAGCUGCCACCAGGCCUGGUGAGGAGAUGGGGGCCUGUGAAGAGCUGACACUCGCCCUGUCCCGGGGCCUACAGCUUGACGCACAGAGGAGCAGCCGGGACUCGCUACAGUGCUCCAGUGGCUAUAGCACCCAGACCACCACCCCGUGCUGCUCUGAGGAUACCAUCCCCUCCCAAGGUACGAGGCGCCCAGCUUUCCGGGCGGCUCCAGUUUCAGAUUACGAUUAUUUUUCUGUAAGUGGUGACCAGGAGGCAGAACAGCAAGAAUUUGACAAGUCGUCCACCAUUCCAAGGAACAGUGACAUCAGCCAGUCUUACAGGCGGAUGUUCCAAGCCAAGCGUCCAGCCUCAACUGCUGGCCUUCCCAGCACUCUCGGACCUGCUAUGGUCACACCAGGGGUUGCGACCAUCCGACGGACCCCUUCCACUAAGCCUUCUGUUCGCCGAGGGACCAUUGGAGCUGGUCCUAUUCCCAUCAAGACACCAGUGAUCCCUGUCAAAACCCCAACUGUCCCAGACCUCCCUGGGGUUUUGCCAUCCCCUCCAGAUGGGCCAGAGGAGCGGGGUGAGCACAGCCCUGAGUCUCCAUCUGUGGGGGAGGGACCCCAGGGUGUCAGCAAUAUACCCUCUUCCUUGUGGAGUGGUCAAGCACCGAUCAACCCUCCACUUCCAGGCCCAAAGCCCAGUAUACCUGAGGAACACAGACAGGCGAUUCCAGAGAGCGAGGCUGAAGACCAGGAAAGGGACCCCCCAAGUGCCACUGUCUCCCCAGGCCCGAUUCCAGAGAAUGACCCCGCAGACCUGAGCCCAAGAGAAAGUCCUCAGGGAGAAGACAUGCUGAAUGCCAUCCGGAGGGGUGUAAAGCUGAAGAAGACGACCACCAACGAUCGUUCAGCACCUCGCUUCUCUUAGGUUCUCAUAGUUCCCAGGAGAUGCCGCUAGUGGGAACAAACUCUUUAAUUAAUAAAGCCUAAUUUGUCUUGAUCCAUUCCAGUCUAUAAUCAAGCAAAAGAUUUUGUAGGCAAUUCGGAAUUCUGCUCUUUUCAAAGUAUUCAACAUCUUUAGAUAAAAAUUAAAAGCAACAUAUAUAAUUGACAUAA